AUGAUCAGCACUAUCCCCGAAGGUCACAACGACCACGAAUAUAAGCCCGCCUGCAAUGGCAAGAGACGCCGCAUCUCAAAGGUGUCAAUGAGCCUGGGUCACUCGGCCGCCGAAGACGUACGAAGCGAAAUCUCACAGAGCAUCCGCAAGGAACUGUCACGCCGACGAAGCAGUGUCAUUGCUCCCGAGCCACAACUUAGAUCGCGACCCACCGAGACUGCCAACAUCCUCUCUGCCGACAAAGGAGAAUCUGCCGCCUCUAAGACAUUGAACAACUUCGAUCUCUUUGAACACAUUCUGAUGCAGUUGCCCUGGGCUGGCAACGAGGUCGAGAUGCAACGACAGAGCAUCCGCGCCAUCAUGACGACUUCGAGGACGUGUCGCAGUUUCAAGGGCAUGAUUGAUGCUUCUGCCCGUCUGCAGAAACGUCUGUUCCUGGCACGCGACUCUGAGCAAAAGAGACCCUGUUUCUGUGGUCAUCAAGAGGAGGAUCGCGUCUGUGGCGCAGAGACAAACCCCUUCAUUGCACCCACUCUCAAGAAACACAUCCUGCACAACUCUUUCUCUUGCGACCAGCGACGACAGAAGCAAGAUGCUGCCAGACAAGCGCGAGCCGACCAACAGUCGCUUUGCCGCCACCUCGACAACACCAAUCAGUCACAAGACGACUACUUCAGCCACCCAGUCGUCUUCCGCGACCUUCAAGACCGCCAAAAGAAGCACAUGCUCGCCUUCAAGAUUUCAGAAAAUGACCCCUUCUACCUUCUCGGCGAGCGCUCGUCUCCAACCGCCAGCUGGCGAAACAUGUACUUCUCCAACCCAGCACCCACACGCAUCGAGCUCUACUACUGGAGCUACCUCAUCCGCUGCGAGUCACAAGAUGGCAAACCCUUGACGGCGGGUUUCGUCUGGGAUACCAUCCACGAGACGCUGGAAGUUGCGAGACAGCGCAAGGCGCCUGGAUAUCAGUAUGAGGGAGACGAGCCGUUGCUUGUGCUUCUGGGCUCGUGGGAAAAGGAGGGCGAUCACAGACAUGUCUAUGACUGGUUGAACCAAAGGCACGAGGCCUGCAGCAGCCCGGCUUGUCGUUAUGCAAAGGCAUGA